AUGUGCUCAGAACUUCUCCACAGACUGGUCACUCUGGGACUGGUGUUCGCCAGCUUUGAUGCCGUGCUUGGGACAGAUGCCACAGACCUGCCCGAGAGCAGCCAGGACAGAGCAGACAAACUGGCUAACCAGAAAGGGAGGCUCUCCCUGCAGAACACAGCUGAAAUUCAACACUGUCUAGUCAGCGCUGGUGAUGUGGGAUGCGGAGUCUUUGAAUGCUUUGAGAACAACUCAUGUGAGAUCCGCGGUCUUCAUGAGAUCUGCAUGACUUUCCUGCAUAAUGCUGGCCGAUUUGAUGCUCAGGGGAAAUCAUUUAUCAAGGAUGCACUGAAAUGCAAAGCUCAUGGACUGAGACACAAAUUCAGCUGCAUCAGUCGUAAGUGCCCAGCUAUUAAAGAGAUGGUAUACCAGCUCCAGAAGGAAUGCUACGCCAAGCACGACCUCUGCUCUGCUGCCAAGGAUAAUGUUCAAGUGAUUGUGGAGAUGAUUCACUUCAAAGACCUCCUGUUACAUGAGCCCUAUGUUGAUCUAGUAAACAUUUUGCUUACCUGUGGGGAUGAGGUGAAAGAUGCAAUCACUCGCAGUGUACAAGCUCAGUGUGCUCAGAACUGGGGAAGCCUUUGUUACAUUCUAAGCUUCUGCACUUCUGCUAUGCAAGGUGAUGGUACGACUGGAUCUAGCGCCUCCCCUGCCAAAAAGCAAGGGGACCCAAUCAAAGGAGACACAGGCAAAAUCAUGCGUAGUCAGAGUGACUCUUUUUCGCAGUCUGACUUGGAAAGAGAAAGUGCUAAAUCCACCAAAAAUGAAAAAAACAACAAAGUGCAGUCAAACAUACGUGGAAAACCCAUAAGCAACAAAAUAGCAUUUAGUGCUACAGAGAGUUCUGAAAAACUGGUCGGUUCAACAGACAUCCGAAGGUGA